AUGGACCAAAUUCUCGAACAAGCGCGAACAAUCUACGAAGGCGAAAUCGUAACCGUCUCUUCCUUCGGCCCUUCGGUCUCCAACUGACCACUUGUCCUUAGGACUUCGAAGGCCAACGCCUCGCCGAAUACAUCACAUACGGUCUCCUCUCCGUCGUAGGCGCAAUCGCUUUCCUCGUCGGCUAUGUUGCGCAAGAUAUCUACCUGACACUAUACAUCGGCUUGGGAGGGACUGCCCUGGCGUUCUUGGUCGUGGUACCGCAAUGGCCUUUCUACAACAAGCACCCGGCACCGUUCUUGUCGCCGAGGAAUGCACAAGGAGCGAUUACGGGGAUAAGCAUUGAGGUAGAUGGGAAGAGAGUGGGCUGA